AGUUCGCUAGGAGGGAGAGGAGGCACCGUUUAUGAGCCGUUUUGCGAAGGGCGUGUUUGCGUCCUCACAAGGCUGCAUAUUAUUUAUUAUUCUUACCUGUCAUUCUUACCCCGGACUUCGCAAUUUGAAGUACUUGUGUCAACAGGACAUACAUAGUUCUUCCAGAAUUAGUUAACAUUUUCUCCACGUGAUGCGGAGUUCUUCUCACGGUCCGCGGUCUCCACUUCCCGAUACUCUAACUUCGGAGCCUAGCCACUGCGUUGCCAAAGGCUCUCGGUCAAGCAUCUCAUUUAGAAGGGUCUCCAGGGGCCAACGUAAGAAAGACCACCGAUCUUUUAGCAAAUCAUCGGACGGUUUCUUCUGGAAACUUCUUUACGGGCGCCUCUCCCUGUUUCCCUUGAUGUCCACACAUGAUCCAUCAGCUUCGAAGCAAAGGGAACUGUUUUUUCGCACCUUGCGUGAGCGCACUGCGCGAAGCACCGCCUCCGUCAAGCAGUUGACCAACCAGCUCGCCAAUGACCCGGGAGGGGCAAUGGGACGCUCGUAUCUACUCUCUGAACUCGGAGUUCAAACUUAUUCGCGACACAUUGGAAGCAAUCGAAAUCGAAUUGUCAGUUGCAAACGCCGGAAAAAAUCGUUUGAUCAACAAGCGAAACCCAAGCUGCCGACUUCCUGAGAACUUAAUGGGGAAGAUAUUUGGCACUGCAAGCAAAUACACUGAACCCGAUGACUUGGAAGCAGAAUUUAGGACUUUAGAUUCCAUUACGGCCACAUGCUAUCAUUGGAGAGCAGUUGCAUUGGAUACACCAGCGCUUUGGAC